ACUUAUUAAAUAGAUUAAUUAAAUAAUGACCUAGCACUUAUUAGCACACGCUGAUGGAUAUUUUAUCUGCAUCAGCUAAAUGGGAAGAUUGGGUGGGGGACAAUCACAAAAUUCACGAAGACGAUUUUCACGAUAGUGGGAAUGGAUCGUCGCCCGAGGAGUCUUUGACCUCAAGAAAUAUUGAAUUGCAACUGCAACCGGUUUCUAAAUGUCGUAUUCGGAUGUAUCACCACGUGCCAGAGUUCGACCGUGUUUGCCUUGUGAAGUGCAGCAUGUGCGGGAAAAGUAUCAGGGCUCAAUUCUUUGCUCUACAUUGCGCAAAACGGCAUGGCCUGGAGAUGGCUACAGAAGACGAGCGACCAGUCUCCUGUUUGACGGAGCCCCUGAAAAAUGCAUCGCUGGACAAUGUUCUUUCGUUCAUUCCCAGUCCAACUAUCUUCAGAGACGAACCACUGGAGAACGGCAUCUGCAAUGAAGAGACUCCAGUUCCAGUCGUAGUUCAAUUUUCCUCCGAUCACGAGGCGUCCAACAUCUCAUCCGCAACUGAAGAGCAAAAUUUUGUCAACGAUCUUGCUGCUGAGAAUCUCGAGGAGCGCAGAUCUCCUGCACCCAAUGAUGAUGAGCGCCAUGCGUUCCUUAUCAACAGUUUGUCGGAAGACAUCAACAGAAACAACUAUUUGAAACCACAACUCACCCCCAACACACUGGAGCAGCUUAAUAUUCUUCCCGCAGGAGCAAGCAUGUUCAAUGACGAUCUAGAGCAAGAGGUGAAGCAAGCGGAUGAAAGCUUUUAUCUGUCAACCGAUGUGACAUCUCAAGUUCUUCCAGAGCUUCAAGACCAGCCUCAUGCUUCUCCUACCUUUCAAAUCAAACCCGAGUCAUUCGAUCUCCCCGAUAUGUCUAUGAACGUUGAAAAUCCGUUUCAAAUCAAAACUGAGUCAUCUGAAGAUUUCCUUCCUGAAGAUCUUCGUAACAUCGUUAUUAAAAAAGACUUUGACUGUCCAGAAAUGUCCAAAUUACUGGAAUCUGACCUCAAUUUUGGCGAGAAGUUCGACAAGAAUUCGUUGCUGUCGGAAAUAUUUGUGCAUGAACAAACACAGGCUAAACCUUUCAAACAGGAAGGUCCAAAUGUACAGUUCACAGAAGCGAAUGAGCAAGCAAUUACGACGAAGAAACCCAAGGCCUCCAAGAAGAGUCCCAGAAGAAGAUCUCAAGUUUUUGACCCCGAUCGUCAUUGUGGUGUUAAUUUCAUCAAAAAUGGGGAGCAAGUGCAAUGCAUGAGAGCGAUUACAUGCAAGGCCCAUAGCUUGGCUUUGAGGAAGGAAGUGCCUGGGAGGAGCAAACCGUUUUUAGUCCUGAUUCAAAACUUAACGGCGGAGAAGCAUGCGCUUAAACUGGAGAAGGAACGGGAGUUGGCUGCUCUGAAUGGAGGCAUGAUACCUGAGGCUCCGCAGCCCGUACCACUACCCACUGUCAGUGUCCCCAUUAGAAUGAUGAAUCACGAACUUAUGCCUUCCCAAAAACGCAAGCAGACUGAGGAUAAUCUUUUUACUCCAAGAGAGUCAAUGUUUCCAGUCUUGUCUACUCCACACAGCGGCGUGGAAACAGUCGGGGCUUUUGUGGGUAAUGCAACUGCAGCAACAGAUGAUGCAAAUGUGCAUUUUAAAGUUGCAGCGGAAGAAGUAGGACUACUGUCAAACAAUGAAAACAAGCAGGAAGACAGCAACGCAUCACUAUCUCUGAUCAACCCAUUGUAUGAUGCGAGAAGAGUAGCGGGUACAUCAGUUCUUGCGUUCAAUAAAGGCGCCCGACGACUCCGGAACAUGUUCACUUCCCUCCUGGGACCCAAAGGUAAACAUUCACCUUGCAAGCAUAACACAGAGUAUGGAGUGAGUGGGGACGUGGGCGCCAAUGGAAUCUCUCGGCCGGGAAAUCAAGUUUUGGGAGCUUUUCCAAAUUUUAUGAAUCAACAGAGAAAUGUUAAUGUGGGUGGAAUAGUACCUAUUUUGAAACCCAGAAUUGACAAGGUUCCGACCUCAGCGAUUAUGAAACAGCAGACUCAAUCUCCAAUGACCUUUCGGGCCAAUGUGGCUGAUGAAAGCCAGCAAAAAGUAGGUCACUUCAAAGGGAUCUCGGCGUCUAAGGUGCCCUGCUCAUCUCACAGUGUGCUGAAGGAUAGUUCGACUCCAAAUUCUAGCUUAGUGGAGCAAUCUAUGUCGUCGAAUAAUGUCGCCGCUGCUGCUUGUCCCAGGUUUCCUGUUCCGUGCUACCAGUCAUCCCCAAUGUCCGCUCAACCGACCGAACUACCGCAGUCUGUGCAAAAUAGUCCCAGUGAUGGCAGCAGAAGUAAAACAGGUUCGAACAGGAAGCGUAAGCUGCAAGUUCAUGGCCAAGCUAAUGUAAGCUCCCAUUCAGCGAUAUCUCCGAUUGGAGCGAAAGUAGCAGUUCUUUCUGCUGACCAAAAUUUUUUGACGAAUUCGCCUGUGGUGCAAUCACCGCAAUCCCACCACCAACAGGCCAUGGCUCACCAACAGACCCUGGGGUUAGCGUCACCAGUCGAGUUCUCCCCAAGUACCCCGGCUAUGAUGCAACAGCAACCAUCUCAGGCUAUGGAAGCAACAUGGGCAAGCCAAUUGCAAUCACCGGGGGGUUACCCGCCCACACCCUCCCCGCAAAUGCCAUCAUCUCCUGUAAAGCACCCGUAUGCAGUUGUCCAUCACUUGGGAAUGCAGCAGCAGCAUCUGGGAGUGCGACAUUCCAGUCCUGUGCCCCAUUCGCCCUCAGGUGUAGUCGUGCCUAGAUACAUGAGUCCCCCGACUCAUAACAACAAUAUUGUAGCGCUCAAAGGCAGUCCGCAGUACAGAUUUCCAAUGCAUCACCAGAACUCUUCCUGCAACGAUCUAAUCUAUCCUGGCGAGGAAAAUCCACAUCAAACUCAGGGACUGCAAAAUCAGAUUGAUAUGGGAGGAUCAUCUGGUCCUGCUAGUAUAAUGCAAGCUGCGACAGAACAUCACGCAGAGUCAACUAUCGGCUACGGGUCAGCAGUUAAUGCAAUCAGUCCCAGCAAAGCAAUUUCCGUGAUCACGCCUCAGGCCAAUUUGACCCCUAGUCAACCAGGCCAUGCUGAUCCAAAUUUACCGGCUCCUGAACCUCCAGUCCAACAUUCGCCAUCUUUAAGCAGUCAUCGGCAAAUGAGUCAUCUGUCUUUGUCUCCGGGUCAGGCCGCUACCCGAAUGUACGGCAACCCCACAGAAGCUCAGUUAGUAACACAGCAGAUGCAGAUUUCUGGUGGAGUUAUUAACCAUAAUCCAAACUACGCUCCUACUGCAGCUAAAGUAAUGCGCCCUCCCAGCAUACACAGGCUAGUGAAUCCCAGCGGAAUGAAGGGAAUGCCCGCGGGUCCCAUGGGUUAUGUUAUGGGUUCCAACCGGAUGACCACCAGGUUCGUUUAUCCAAAUCAGGCUCCAUAUCAGCAACACCAUGUCGCUCAGUUGCAUCAGACAGGAAUGGUUGGCAGAUCAGUGCAAGGUGCUAAAAUGUAUGCAAUACGAGGUGCUCCUGGUCAUAUGAUGUCUCCUGCUAUGGCUCAACAGUACAGGGCAGCUAUGGUCGCAAAUCACAGUCAGCAUGGAACAACAGGAUCUCCGGGCAUGGGAACGAACUCAAGAGUUAUGUCUCCAAUGGGUCCAAAUAUGUACAUCAGGGGACAGCAACAGCAGCACCAAAACUGGGUUGCUCAUGCAGGCGCGAACUAUCAACCAGUACCGAUGUACCACCACCGAUCGCCGCCUGCACACCACAUUCAACAGCCAGGUGCCAAACAGCAGCAGGGCAGCGUCUACGUGAGCAAUCACCACCAGCAGCAGAGUAAUAAUAGUAAUCGCACAGCAACUGAUUACACGUAUGGGACACAAAACUCCUCCCAAACGAUUCCCCUGUCCUCUGCCCAGAUGAAUUUUUCACAGGGUUUCCAGUCUGGCAUGGAUACAAGCACGCCCAUGCAUUUCUCGCAAUUCAGCUACGGUAAUAUGCAUCCUCUGCCAAAGGAUACAAUAUUGAUAGAGUAGAUAGACAGAGACAGUUCGACAUUCAAUCAACACACCCCGCAAAUAGCAUACUAUUGACAAACACGAUAAUAUAAGUUAGUCCAAUAUAAGUUUCGGUGCUCAAUAAUUGACUUUCGAAGUAAUAAUAUUAUAGAGAUAGAUUGUACUGUUUUGUACGGCUGAACUAGAUUGAAUGUGUUCUGCAAUUUAGAUUAUCCUAUCCAUUCCCGUGGAAAUUUAGAUCAAUUAAUUAUCACUAAAUUAAUCUAUU